UUUUCUGUGGUCAGAAAGUCAAGAAAGGCAUGGAAGAAGCUCUUAGGGUAUGGCCUGGAGGUUUGCCUUCUUGAUUCUUUUAUUAUAAUGAGGAAAGCAAAUCCCCAGUCCUCCCAGGAGUUUAUUGACUUCCGAAUGGAAGUUGCUUGCCAGCUGAUUGGACAAAGGUCAUUUCGUCGAAAAUCUGGUCGACCCCCCUCCCUCCCUCUAUCUGAGGCAGAUGAGAAAAGGCUAAAUGACAGACGACAUGUCCUGGAGGUGACUGACACAAGAAGAGACUGUGCUGUUUGUGCAAAGAAAGCCAUUGUGCAGGAUCUGGGAAAGAACUUUCGAUACAAGUCACAAAUUGUCUGUGUUACUUGUAAUCGCACUCCGUUAUGCAUCACAAAGGACAGAAAUUGCUGGGAAAAAUGGCAUACAUCACCUAUUUACUGGCAGUAGUAAAGACUGCUGAACAUGUACUUUGCAUUUACACAAACAACAUUGUCUUCUUCUGAACAUUUGAAAUCGAGAGUUUAGUCUCUGCAACUUUUAGCAAGAACUGAUUGCAACUGGCUUGUGAAUUUCAGGGAAUUUUAUUGUAUUCAGAAUUUUUAUUUUAUUGUAUUCAGAACACUGAAAUGUUUUGUGCUUUUGAUAUACCUUUUGAGCAAAUGGAAGGGUUUUUUCUAAACUCCUUUGCCUGUUAUUAGAUUUCAGAUCAGGUUUGUUGUUGAAAGGCUUGACAUUUUGGAGCCGGAUCGAAAUUACAAAAAAAUGCAUAAUUUCUGUUCUUUUUAUGAUAUUCACAAGGGGUUUUUUGCAUUCUGUUCCUUAGAAAUUGCAGAAUCUGGUUAACAUAAAACUAAACCAGGCAGGGAUCUUUUCCAUGAUGAAAUAUGACAGUGUUUUCAUCUUUUAGGGUUCAUCGCAAACAGUGAGCAAGUACUGUGCUUACCCUGAAAGGCUCAAAUUGUUAUUAAUUACAUAAAAACACAGCUUUUUGGAAAGAUAAUUUUAUAAGGAAUACAUACAUAUAUGGUUUUAUAGCAUUUAAUUAAAAUCCUGAUGAUCUGUGA